AUGCCAAAAAUUGUCAGUGGUAAUGGUAAAUGGAAAAUGGUGAAUAUUCCUGGUGAAUGUAUUAUUGAUGAGAAUUUCACAUUUCUUUCAUCAUUUGAAGAAUACAUACCGAUGCCGAUCGGAGAACAUAAUGAUGGAAAGAAUGCAAUGAAGAAGAAGAACGCGAAAAAGAGAAAAGUAACUGAUGCACUUGAUAAAUCUGAAACAAAUGAUGACCACACAUUAAAAACGAUGAAUAAUAAAAAAGGAAAAGAGCUGGAGAAAUUUAAUGAGACUGUGGUUACAAAGCAGGUUUCCAUUGCGAAGAGUGAAGGAAUAAAUGGCAGCAUUGGUUUUAAUAAUGAAGAAAUUGAUGAGUUGCAUGGAAAAAAAGGCGAGAUUGCAGAUAUGUCGGGUUGGAUAAAUCUUUAUAUUUCUAAUGCAGUUUUAAAAGCUAUCGCUGAUAUGGGGUUUACUGAGCCGACGGAAAUACAAAAACUUGUCAUACCAAGCGCUGUUAGAGAUCGCUUUGAUAUUAUUGGAGCGGCAGAGACGGGAAGUGGGAAGACACUGGCGUUUGGUGUGCCUGUUGUUGAACAUCUUUUAGCAAAUCAGUCAUUUCUGGAAAGCAGUGAACAAAAAAAGGGCAUUAGAGCUCUCAUUCUUGCGCCAACUCGGGAACUGGUAAUGCAAAUUAGGAACCACAUCGAUGCUUUGCUAAAGUAUACUCCGUUCAAAGUCGCAUCUAUUGUCGGUGGUCUUUCAUUGCAAAAACAAGAGCGUAUAUUAAAAUAUGUACCCGAAAUCGUUAUUGCUACUCCAGGACGACUUUUAGCCUUAAUGACAUCAGCUGAAGCUGAUAGCUGUCUUUCUGACUGGUCUCACUUACAAUGUCUAGUAGUUGAUGAAACUGAUCGUAUGAUUGAAAAAGGACAUUUUGAAGAUCUGCAACAUAUUUUAGACACCCUAAGGAAAAAUACAUCUAAAAAGCUCCAAACUUUUGUAUUUUCUGCUACCCUUACCUAUACUCACCCUGCGUCUAAAAAGCAUGGUGAUGUGAACGCUGAUAAAAUCGACACAGAUGGAAAAAUCAGCAGAUUGAUUGAAAUCACCGGAAUACGAAAAGAAAAACACAGAAUUAUUGAUAUUACUGGUGAAAGAGGUACAGCUAAGACAGUCGUAGAAGCGCGGAUUAACUGCAACAAUUUAUUGGAAAAGGACACCAAUCUCAUAUAUCUAUUAAAUCGUUAUGGUGGGCGAACAUUAGUAUUCACCAAUUCAGUCGAUGCAUCUAGAAGAUUGCAUGGAAUCUUAAAAAAGCAUAAACCUGUUCCACUAAUGUUACAUGCGAAAAUGAUGCAGAAGAAACGUUUAAAAAACCUGGAAAAGUUUGCUAAAGAUUCUGUUUUGCUUGCAACUGACGUAGCUGCGCGUGGUUUGGAUAUUCGAGAUGUUCAACAUGUCAUUCAUUAUCAAAUACCAAAAACUGCUGAACUUUACAUCCAUCGAUGCGGUCGUACAGCACGUGCAACGAAGGAAGGACUUGCAAUUUUACUUAUCGAUUCCCAAGAUGUUUUUUAUUACCAAAGAAUUUGCAGAAAUUUGAAUAGAGAGAAAGAAUUUCCUAUAUUUCCACUCGAUUCACCUGAACUAUAUGCCGUUUUGAAAAAACGAGUUGAAGUUGCAACAGCAGUCGAAGCGUUAGAUCAUAGACUGAAGAAGAUGCAUUCUAAGCAGACAUGGUUUGAGAAAGCAGCAGCAAGUGCAGAUUUGGAUUUGGAUGGAAGUGGAUACAAAAAGAACGCUACGGCAGAAAUGAUUGAAGAUCUGCGAAAAGAAAAGAAAGCAUUGUUGACCCAGUUGAAUCGUUUAUUAUCACAGUCACUGCCAGCCCAUUACGUUCAUGUCAAGAAAACUCGCUACGUGACUGCGGAGAUAGCCUCAAAUUACGGCAAAUCAUCGACACAAAGUGCAAUUGCAUCAUUGACUGAAAAUAUGGCGCAUGAGGAACUGUUGAAGAAGAAAUGUAGAAGUGUUUUUGUGCGCCAUCUCAAUACCUCACGAAAGAAAAGAAAAGAAAUAAAAAGAUGA